UGGAAAAGCUUCGCUUUGGAGCACCCCACUAACAAUAGCGAGGAAAAACAGGGUGGCAAAGGAUUGGACUGAUCCAUCGGUUUGGGUUGUUGUUUGGUGGAAAGAAGCGAGCGAAUUCGCGCGGUUUUGGAUGGCGCCGAGGUGAAAGCUUCGGCCGUGCGGAGAAAUUUCAUCAAAUUUUGGUGGCGGUGGAGGAGGAAGCUGCGAUCUUGGCGAGAAAUUUCGGAGGCUGCGACUACCGACUAUAUCGGCGAGGAAGUCCGGGUAAGGAAGGGGGGAGGAGGGGGAGGUGAGGCGCGCGAUGCUGCGGUGGCUGGCGCGGCCGGCUGAGCGGUGCCUGGGGCGCGGCGGCUGCGGUUGCGGUAGCGGGGCAGGCGGGGGAGGGGACGGGUUGCUGUGGCACGCGGAGCUGAAGCCGCACGCGUCCGGGGAGUACUCCUUCGCCGUGGCGCAGGCCAACGAGAGGCUGGAAGACCAGGGCCAGGUGGUGACCUCGCAGGCGUCCACAUUCGUCGGGGUGUACGACGGCCACGGCGGGCCCGAGGCCUCGCGCUUCCUCUCCUCCCGCCUCUUCCCGAACCUCCACAAGUUUGCAUCAGAGCAAGGAGGCAUGUCCAUAGACGCUAUCAAGAAGGCAUUCCAUGCUACAGAAGAGGAGUUCUUGCACCUAGUCAAGGGGACAUGGCUCAAACGGCCAAAGAUCGCCUCAGUCGGCUCAUGCUGCCUUGUUGGAGCAAUUGCCAAUAAUAAACUGUAUGUCGCCAAUUUAGGCGACUCGAGAGCCGUCCUUGGUCAUGGAGGACCCAAUGGCCGGGGAGUAGUGGCCGAGAGGCUGUCUAAUGAUCACAAUGUUGCCGACGAGGCGGUAAGAAAGGAGCUCAUUCAGCAGCAUCCUGAUGAUUCGCAAAUAGUCGUCUACUGCAGGGGCGUUUGGCGGAUUAAGGGCAUCAUUCAGAUUUCCAGAUCAUUUGGGGAUGCCUACCUGAAGAAACCUGAAUUUGCCAGAGACCCUGUAUUCCAGCAAUAUGUGUGUCCUGUACCGUUGAAGCGGGCCGUCAUAACAGCUGUGCCAUCGAUCAAAGUACGCCAGAUAGGGCAGCAAGACCUCUUUGUAAUAUUUGCAUCGGACGGUCUGUGGGAGCAGUUGACCGACGAAGCGGCGGUGGAGAUCGUCUUUAAGAACCCGAGAGCGGGAAUAGCGAGGCGACUGGUGAGAGCGGCGAUCUCUGAAGCCGCGAGGAAAAGAGAGAUGAGGUACGCCGACAUGCAACACAUCGAAAGAGGGAUCAAGCGGCAUUUCCACGACGAUAUCACGGUUGUGGUGCUCUACCUUGAUAGUCACAAACAAGACGCGCAAACAAAGUUCGGUGGCCUGGACAGUUUCAGGUUCACCAAUGCACCGGUGGACAUAUUCUCGCCCUCAGGCCGAACCGUGGAACCGACGGUGCUGUGAGCUAGUGUUGUGUCUUCAGAAGGGAUAAUAGAUGAUAGUGAAAGGAAAAGGAACAAACCAGACGAAAUUUGAAGUCACCUAGACCGAGCCAAGCACAUCUUUUUGUGCAUAUACUGUGUGUGUGUAAUCAAAGCCACUCUAGGUAAGCUGAUGUCUCUAGACAAGAAUUCCAUUGCAGUUGGAGACACUUUGUGUAUCGGUUAUGCAAGAUCAGAUUCCCCAAGAAAAGAGAAAAGGAAGGGGAAAUCUAAAGAUUGUUCUCAGGAUCCUUUGCAUGCAUCGCAAGCUAGGGACUGUUUGAUCAUGAA